AUCUAUAAUGUAAUGCAGAGUUUUAAUUUAAUGGAAGAAAUAACUAUAGAUCAGAUUGUCUUGGGAAUUGUAAAAUUUUUAGUUGUAUGUUUUGGUGGUCUUGCAUUAGGUGUCAGUUUUGGUCUACUAUCAGCCAUGUUCUCAAGAUUAUCAACACAGUUAAAAGUUGUACAACCUAUUAUUAUAUAUGGAAUGGCAUAUCUAGGAUUUUUAAUGGCAGAAUUGUUUGAAUUCUCAGGAAUCAUAAGUAUCAUUGGAUGUGGUCUGGUACAAGUUCACUAUUCCUUUCAAAAUAUCCAUGAUAAAUCUCGAUUAUCCAUCAAAUAUUUCUCGAAAGUCUUCAGUACAUUUAGUGAAGUUCUGAUCUUUCUAUUUUUGGGUUUAUCAUUUGUAAGACAGACACACGUAUGGCACACUGGGUUUAUAUUGUGGACUGUAUUAUUAUGUUUAGUUUAUAGAUUUAUCAUCACAUUUGGAAUGUCAUUUUUGAUAAAUAGAUUGGAUACUCAUAGAGUAAGAAAGAUUGGUCUUGAUGAACAGUUUAUUAUUGCCUAUGGGGGUUUAAGAGGGGCUGUUUGUUUUUCUCUAGUAGCUUUAUUAAACCCCAUUGAAAUACCUCAGAAAGAUUUAUUUUUAACAGCCACAUUAUCAGUUAUAGUCUUUACUGGCUUCGUUCAGGUAAGGUCAAAUGUUUUCGAUUUGACUUACAUUGCAAAUUGA